CGGCAUUGAGUUUGUCAAAGUCUAUUGUCGGACAAGGAGAUCCACAAAAGCUUUGCCUGUUAUAAUGAUAGUUCUCCACGCCGGUGCAGCCGGAGAGCCUCUGGUAAGGCUUCUGAGGGAUUGAGGGAUUGGGCACGAAUCAGUGGUCAAGCCGCUGUAUUAGUACAUGUACAUUGCAGCACGGACAUCAUCUGCUUAUUUAGGAAGUGGCCAACUGGACGGGUUAUCUCGCAUUGUCAUUCUCCCACCCCACCAUUGUGCGCAGCUGCUAUCGUCUCCUGCUUUUUUCCCUCCUCUCCCCAUCACAUGCCUCGACUCUGAGAGGGGAGUGCGAGCAAACAUCACCCGAAGCUCUGGUUUGAAGCUCCCUUGCCCUCGAAGCGACACAGCAUCGGCGCCGAGAUGGGCCUCCUCGAGAGCAUCGACGCUGGCCUCACUGGCUUUGUGGGCCAGUGGAAUGGUUACUCGACUGCGCUGGUGACGCUGCUUAUUGCCCUCGUCACAUACCGCAUCUCGUCGUCACGCGAGCCUGAUGUGCACCCGCUGUUGCUUGCCAGACAGGCGAGCGCCUCUGCCGUGCGCAAUGAAGGCGAGAGCGCCGUCUAUAGAAACCAAGCUGCUCCGCACAGCAUGCCGUUGAAUAGUGGGCUGGACGUCAAGGACCCUGGUGCUUCCCGAUGGGCGAGGGGUCGAAAUGGCGACCUUCGAGACGUUUGGCGCAAAGCGACUACUGGGAACGACCAAGGAAAGAAGGGAAAGCUGUUUACUGUGCUUGGAUCGGAGAAUGUCAUUGAGCACCGCCUAGAGGAUAUCAACCGACAGAUCAACCUCAUUGGACAUCAUAUUGCUGAGCAAGGCGGUAUUAGAGUUGCCAUCUACCUCCCCAACUCGAUCGAAUUUCUCAUUACUCUGCUGGCCUGCAGCUUCUACCCGAACUUGACUACCGUUCUGAUUCCAUUCGACGUCUCCAAUGAAGAACUCAUUUCCAUGAUGAGACGAUCCGCCGUUGAUACAGUUGUGACCACUCCUGGAUCCUUCCCCCUUGACGAUAUUACCAAGGCCUAUCCAUCGCUGCGACAGCUCAUCUGGGUUGUGGACGAAGGAAGCGCACAUCUUGAUUGGAACGAGGUUCCCGAGGGCAUGGGAGGCAGCGUCAACGUCGCUACAUGGCAAGAAAUCAUCCGGGAUGCUCCUGCGGACUCUAGCACCGAACUGCCUCCUCUGGAUCUGGAAAAGGUUCCCAUGGAUGUUGUGACUUUCUGGCAGACAAAGGCCGGGACGCUUGAGGAAAUGGUGCGCUUUACGCAGGCUAAUCUAGUUGCUGGCAUCUCUUCUCAGAUCCACGGUAUCCCCGUAAAGGAGAGACUGACUCCAUCUGACUUGUUUCUUCCCGCCGAGUCUUUGGCCGGCAUCCACACCCUUGUCCUUACUCUAGCUGCGCUUUACCAGAAUUCUUCCGUUGCUUUGAAUUCGGUUGCUGGACGAUCGCCAGAUCUGAUUCUGGCUGCUCAGGGUAUCGCUCCGACGGUAAUUGUCGCCAGCCCCGACAGCUUGCUCAGAAUUCACCAAGAAUCCUCUGCCAAGCUCAACACCCCUCUCGCCAAGGCCUCUCAUGCGCUUUCCACUCGUGCUCUUACACAAGAGGGCGUGCUUCCAGGCUCCAACCUGCUAUCUGCAUUCGCUGCUGGAGCAAAACCAGCCCUCGGCACCGACCCAAGCAAGCUACGUAUCGUGUAUACCGCAGAGCGCGUUGGCGGAUUUACCCCUUAUCUCUCCUCCCAGGUUCUGUCUGAUUUGCGUGUCUUCACUGGAGCUCGAGUUGUUUACGCAUUGACAAGUGCUCGGGUGGCAGGCGCGGUUACGCAGACGGCCUAUUUCGAUUACAGAGUUGAAGAGGGCGACAACGGCCACUUUGGUGCGCCGACGACAAGCAUUGAGAUCCGUUUGAAGGAUAAGGGCGCAUUCAAAACGACGGAUGACAAGAUUGAGGGAGAGAUUUAUGCGACGGGACCCAGCGUUGCUGGCGGCGAGACUAGCCUCGGCGUUGUUGGAAGGCUUAGACAUGACAACACUCUUGCCUAUGCGUCUUGAACGGUGAUGUACGUGAACCAGCCAGUGGAAGGAGGAAAGAAAGAAAGAAAGAAAGAAAGAAAAAGAACAGAAAGACAAAGGGGAAAAAAAAAAUUAAAUAAAUAAGUGAAUAAGAAAAGACCUGAUAAAAGGGGGCGGU